AUGCUUCCGAAGCCCAGCCUAACCUUCACUGUGCCGAGUCUCCACGAUGGGCUGCCGAUCGAUUGUCGCGUGUACCACCCGCACUCUCUCGCUCCGUCUCCUAGUGCGCCACCUUGGCAGAAGCACGCUGCCGUUGUUGCACACCCAUACGCGCCCCUGGGUGGCUGCUAUGACGACCCCAUUGUCGACAUUGUAGCCGGCACACUGUUGCGGCUCGGCUUCCUUGUGGGCACCUUCAAUUUCAGAGGCGCCCAUGGCUCUGCCGGCAGAACCACAUGGACGGCCAAGGCCGAGCGCGCCGACUACCAGUCGGUUGUUGGUUUCAUGUACUACUACGUGCACUUCCUCGAACCCCUUUCCCAAGCUAGUCCUAGCCAGCCCGACAGUAAGGGCCACGGUGAGGAACAGGCAGACGCUGAUGAAGAGGACACAUCAAUCAUUCGCUUAUGCCCCCCUACGCCUGAUGGAUCGCCGUUGUCGCCGGCAAGGUCUGCUGCUAGGCCUGUCCUGUUGCUGGGGGGCUAUUCGUACGGGGCCAUGAUCACAUCCCAACUGCCGUCUCUCGACACGAUAAUGGCCGUGUUCAGGGGCCCAGUUCGCGAUAGGCCCGCCGCCGAAAUCCGACUACGCGCCCAGCACAUGGCUGAAAUGCAAAACCGGAUCCUGGCGAGUGCAAGACAUGCCGCAAUCGACCGUCUAACCACCAGGUCUCCUCGGAAACACGCCGGCAUGCGCGUCGGAGGAGACGAGGAAAGCCGGAGUAGUCACGAAUCGCGCCGCCCUCUCUCGGCCGAAUUCGAAGAAGCGGUACGACACGGCGUUGCUGAACUUAUGGCGAGGGCUGGGAAGAGACCUAGGCGGACUCUCAGUGAUCAGAGCCAGAACUCCUGGGAUCCAGAAGGGAUCGCCGAGGGGUCUAAGCACGCCGCUGAGCGUUUACCGCCCGUUCCUGGCCUGAUCACAUACCGCCCAGCGUACCUACUCGUGUCACCUCUGCAGGGCAUAAUUACGAACCUGGCCACCAUGUCUCUUCCCUCGGCAUUAUCAGGCAUCACCGGAAAGUUGUUGACCCGAAUUUCUGCGAUGACCCGCGAAGAGACCGCCGAGCUGUCCGGCGCGGAACCAUCUUUGCUGGCGCGUGCGACCGCAGUUGAGGCAGAGGACAAGCUGGUCCGCAGCCCCACGCUUGCGAUUUAUGGAGAUCGUGAUGGAUUCGUUCCUGUCCGGAAGCUCCGGGAAUGGGCAUCUCGUCUGGAGGGUAGACCAGGCUCCAAGUUCCGUGCUCACGAGGUGUCCAGCGCCAACCAUUUCUGGGCGCAGGGGAAUGUAGCAUCUACCCUCAAAGAGGCCGUCAGAGCGUUUGGGACAUCUCUCCUAGGUGACAGCGCACACUGA